AUGGCGCGCGGGAAAAAACCCGCGCGAGGCGGGACCCGCGCCGAUCCCGAUCCCGCCGCGAACCCAUCCGUCGCCGCCGCAUCCGGCCCGCCCGUGGACAUCCUCGCGGACGACGCGCUCGGCCCCGAUCACGCGCGCGUCCGCCGAUGGGUCGUCUUCUCCGACCUCCACCUCAACCGCCGCACCUCGCGCGUCUGCGUCGACGUCCUCGAGGCGGUGCAUCGCGAGGCGGUGGCGAGGGACGCCGGCAUCGCGUUCCUCGGGGACUUUUGGCACGCCAGGGGCGCCAUCCCGGUCGAGCCCCUCAUCGAGGCCCUCAACGCGAUACGUUCAUGGACCCGACCGUGCGUCAUGAUCCCGGGGAACCACGAUCAGGUCACCGCGGGUGGCGAAGUGCACGCGCUGACGCCCCUCGCCGCGGCGAACCCGAGUCGCGUGAAGAUCAUCUCCAGGCCGACGGUGUGGAGAAACGCGCUGUGGCUGCCGUACAGGCGCGACGCGUCCGUCGUCAAGAACGCGGUGGAGGCGGCGUGGAGUAUCGCCCCAACAGGGGAGGACGGCUCCGUGCCCAAGGUACGCGCCGUCUUUUGCCACGCCGACGUCGUCGGCGCGUCGAUGAACGAAUCGUUCCAGGCGAGGGACGGCCUCGACCCGUCGCUUUUCUCUCCGGAAACGGACACCGGAAACGUCCGGAUACCGGUGUACACCGGCCACUACCACAAGCCGCACACCGUCCCGAACACGAGCAUCACGUACGUGGGGAGCCCGUACCAGGUAUCGAGGGCGGAAGCGGGCCAGGUGAAGGCGCUCGUCGUGCUCGACGCGGAGAACGGGUGGAUCGGGUGCGACGAGGCAAACCCGGACGCUCCGGAGAAAGCCGACCCGACCACCGAUCCCGUCACCGGCGUGUCCCCGCGCGCGCGUCUGCCCCUGGACCUCGGCCCGCGGCACUACGUCGUGACGGGCGAGGACGGGGACGUGCCGGAGGGGGCGAGGGCCGGGGACGUGAUCCGAUGGACCCUCCCGUUGGGCAGUUCGACGAGGGUAAGUAACAACGGAACAAACAAAGGGACUGGUUCGGACGACGAAAUGAACAAGCCUCCCGUUGGGAUCGAACGCGCGCGCGCCGCGGGGAUCGCCGUGGAGAUAUCUUACGAGACGACGUCUGCGCCCCCGCGGAUCCCAAAGGCGGAGUCCCUCGGACCUUUGGGCCUGUACGCGGCGUACGCGAAAGCCGUGGACCUACCCCCGGACGUGGUGAAGCUCGGUACAUCCGUGCUGGAGGAGGUGGCGGCGAACGUUGCCGCCGCGGACGUGGACGGGACCAGCGCGAGAUCCUCCCUCGGGGGUAACAUGACCGGUGCACGGUCUCCCGUGCAGCUGUCGAUGCACGGCGUCGAGGUUGAGGGGUACGGCGCCUUCACCGACGCCGUCGCCUACCCGCUUCGCGACCGAGGCGUGUGCGCCGUCGUGGGCGAUAACAGGGACGACGGGUGCUCGGAUUCCAACGGCGCCGGUAAGACGACGCUGGUGAUGGCCGCGAUGUGGGCGCUGACGGGCAACUCGGACCUUCGCGUGGAAGGGGGCGCCGGGAAGACGCUGACGAAGACGGACGUGGUCAACGAUUACGCCAAAACCGCGCGCGUUCGCCUGGAGGGCGCCGCCAACGGGAUUCCGUUCUGGGUAGAGCGGAGGGUGAGCCGGAGCAAGCUGCUGGGUUUACGGUACGGCGUCGGCGACGAGGAGCGCACGCUCGCGGACUCCAGGCUGACCCAGGCGGCGAUGGACGCGGAUCUGGGCGCGAGCGUCGCGGCGCGAAUCGCGUUUCACGGGCAGCACACCGUCGGACAACUUCUAGACGCCAACGACGCGGCGCUCAAAGCCGCGCUUGGCGAGCUCGUAGACGCGGACACGUGGCAGGAGGCCAAGGACCUGAGCAGGAAACGGGUCACCGCGGCGAGGAAACGCGCGGCUGCGCUCGGCGCGGACGCGUCCGCCCGCGCCGAUUACGUCCGACGAAUCGAACAGAGGCUGUCCGCGGCGACGGCGGCGGCGAACGAUUGGACCGCGCAGGUGGAACGAAACUUGACGCGAUUAGCGAGGGAGGAGGCGGGGGCGGCGGACGCGCUCGGCCGCGCGCUCGGCGCGGUGGUCGUCGCCGCCGACGCGCUGAAGGCGGCGAGCGCGCGGUGGGACGCGGAGGAGGCGGACGCCGCCGCCGAAGCGGACGCCGCGUCCGCGUUCUUGGACCCAACCCGGGUGGGUAACGAAGAAACGGAGAGCGCGUCGUUCGAGGUUGACGAGGCGGCCAUCGCGUCCAGGGUGGCGGCGCUCGAGGAGGACGCCGAGCGCGCGCGCGGGUACGCGCGGGAGUUGCAGGGCGCGGAGGCUGCGGCUCGUGCCGUCGCCGCGCAGGCGCACCGCGCGGUUGGUCAGUACGCGGGCAGCUCGGGCGCGGGGUUCGAAGGCGUCGAAGGGCACGAAGGGGUCGGGGACGGGAGCGAAGGGGUAAGGGAUGGGCACGACGAAGGGCACGCGCAUACACCCGACGCCCCCGUGUGCGCCGCGUGCCUGCAGCCCAUAGACCUCACCCACCGCGCGCACGUCCUGGACCGGCUCAAGAGGGACGCGGAGACGACCGCGCGGGAGCACCGAAGGCUUCUCCAAUCGCUUCAAGCGGCGGAGUCGGAGGCGGUAAAAGCGGAACAAAGACGCAGAGACGAGAUGGCCGCCGCGAACAGGGCGAGGGCGGACGCGUCCGCGCGCGCCGCCGCCGCCGCGAACAGGGCGAGGGACGCGCAGGCGCGGCUACGGGCGGUCCGCGACGCCAGGGUCAACGCGCACGUGGUCGCCGCCGCGAUGGCGAGGGCGGAGGCGUUGGUCGCGGCGAGCCCCGUGGCGCCCGUGCGGGGACCAACCCCGUCGGAUGCGAAUAAUUUGUCCGGAACGACUACGGACAUUCGCCCCGGACAUUCGCCGCAACAUGCUACGCGACGCGCGGACUCCGGCAACGCGCCCGCCCUCGCCCUCGUCGCCGCGGUGGAGACGGCCGUUUCGGAUGCUGAGCGGGCGUUUCGGCAGCUCGAGACGCGAUCGCGGGACCGGUCAAAUGCGGCGGCGACGGCGACGGCGAAUCCGCACGAUAUGGAAGUCGCCUCGCUCCAAUCGCAGGCGGAUGUCGAGGCGGCCGAGCUCGAGGCGCGGCGCGAGGAGGCGGCCGCGGCGGAGGCGGCGCUCGCCACGGCGCAACGCGCGGACUCCGCGUUCGGCACGAGGGGUAUUCAGAGCUACCUCUUCGAGGGCGCGCUCGGAGAGCUCAGCGCCAGGGUUGGCGAUUACAUGGAGGCGCUCACCGGCGGCGCGCUCGCCAUGGAGCUUCGACCCGCCGCCGUCGGUGAACCCAACGGCGGGUCGACGAGACGGAGACGACGCGGACGGGCGGCGGCGGGCGACGCGGGAGGCGCGGACGCCGAGGACGAGGACGGGGUUGACGAACGCGGCGCCCCCUCUGUCGCCGCCGCCGAGAAGAUUGAAAAAGUAAUCUUCGCGCAGUCCCACGACGGCGAACGCGUUCAACGAUCGCUUCGUCAGCUCAGCGGCGGCGAGCGACGACGCGCGGCGCUGGCGCUGGCGCUGGCGCACGCCGACCUCGCGAGCGCGCGGGGCGGCGUCGGGUGCGAUCUGCUGGUGCUGGACGAGGUGUUGCAGCACCUGGACGGGGAGGGGAUAGCGAGGGUCGCCGCGCUGCUUCGGUCGCUGCCGAAAGGGACGGUGCUGCUGACGUCGCAGGCGGACAGCGCCACCUCCCACCUGUUCGACGUGGUGGACAGGGUGUUCAAGAAGAACGGCGCGAGCGGGGUGGCGACGGGAUGCGACGCCGCCUUCGGGACGGACGAGGACGAGGACGAGGUCGCCGCCGAGGAAGCGGAAAACCCCCGGCGCCCCCACUCGGACGCGCGCCAUACCAUGACCGACGUGGACGUGCGAAGCCCGGGGUCGGGAGACUCCGCCGAGCAUAAGCGCAAGCACAUCGUCUGGAACGAGGAGAACCUCAGCUACAACGAGGCCAACAAGUCGGCCAAGAUGAAGAUCGACGAGCCCGACACGCCGUGGGCGAGCCCGCCCAAGGAGCUCUUCGAGGACCCGGUCGAGGCGGAAGCCGACGUCGCGAUGGACGACGUCGCGGAGAGGCUCAGGGGCUUCGAGGGGGGCCCCGAGGGGGGCGGGGCCGCGGGGGGCGACGCGCCGGGCGCGGUCGCGGGCGAUGCGUCGAUACCCCCGAAGAGAGACGACGAGUGGGAGUCCAGCGACGACGACGAGAGGGACGACGGCGCGCGCGGCGGCCGCGUCGCGCUGGACCCCGGGGCGCUCUCCGACCCGGGAUCCUCGGCUGCCGGGGGUGGGACCGACGACGACGGGGAGGACAUCAUCGACGAGGGUCCGCUGGACGAGUACGACCAAAUGCUGCGGGCGAGGCUGUUCGAGGCGCAGAGGAAGUCGCACCAGUGCACGUUCAGGGGCGUGCUGGCGAGGGGGAGGGCGCUCCUGGAGGAGGAGGACGAGGAGGAUGGCGAGUAG